AAAUUCCUAAUAUUGUUUUCUUCUUUUCAUUCAUUGAUUCUUUGUACGUUUGAGAAGAAAAAAAAGCGAAGAGAAAUUGAGGACAUGGAGAAUUUGAAAGAAGGUUUCCGGUUCCGUCCGACUGAUGCAGAAGCUAUUACUUUCUUGUUGAGAUUUAUUGCUGGGAAAGCGAUGAAUGAUUCUGGAUUCAUUACCACUAAUGUUAAUACUUACAGCAAACAAUUAGAGCCAUGGGAUAUUUACAGUCACGGAGUACCCUGCGAUAAUGAUGACGGGGACAACGACUGCAGCCAGUAUCGCUUUUUCAUCACAAAGCUCAAGAAGAAAAGCGAGUUCAAAUAUAGUCGCAUUGUGGGAAACAAGGGCAGUUGGAAACAGCAAGACAAGAGCAAACCUGUUCGAAACAACGGAGGAAUAGUGAUUGGAUACAAGAAGAGCAUGUCUUACGUGAAUAAAGGCUAUAAUCAAGACAAUGGACAUUGGUUGAUGAAGGAGUACGACCUCUCUACGAAAAUUCUUGACAAAUUUGACAAUGAUUGCAGAGAUUAUGUGUUGUGUGCUAUUAAGAAGAGAACUCCCACCAAAGAUGACACAAUGACGUUGAUGACUACUGUUUCUGAAGAAUGCAGGAAUUUGGAGCACCAAACCUCGGCGGCUGUUGAAUCGACUAGUUAUGAUGAGGCAUUAGUAGUGGAUGCAAGGGAGCUCCAAUCAGAGUUGCAGAACAAUAUGCACAAGGAGGCAGACAUGGUCGUUGAGCCAUUAUCAUCCCCUUAUACUGGCACAAACAUCGUCAUUGAGCCAUUAUCAACCCCUUAUACUUUUGAAGGCACAAACAUCGUCGCUGAGCCAUUACCAGCCCCUUGUACUUUUGAAGGCACAAACAUCGUCGUUGAGCCAUUACGAGCCCCUUAUACUUUUGAAGGCACAAACAUCAUCGUUGAGCCAUUACCAGCCCCUUAUACUUUUGAAUCCACGUCCAUGCUAGAUUUUGAUUAUGACUAUUCACCUGCUGACUUUGGUUUUCUACAAAGCAUUAUAGCUUCAUUCUGAAAUUAUUAGAAUUCUUGAGCAAGUUGUAUAAAUCUUUUUUAAUAAUGUAUGAUUGAGCAUUUAUUAAGCCCUUCCGGCUUCCUUGGAGUUGCUUCUUCAUUAAA